UUUAAGUCAAUUGAAGGGUCUGCAAAGUAUAUGAUGUCUCCAAAAGUGUAUUCUCACGCUGAAUCGGCCGAUGUUGCCAAUGCUGUAGGUAAACAUGUUCUUAAACUUCAAAAUUCUGCUUUAGAAUCCGGUCUGACUUUUAAGAUUGCUUUAUCCGGAGGAUCAUUAGGAAAAGUCUUGAAAAAAGCUUUAAUUGAUAACCAGGACAUUGCUCCAAAAGUCAAGUGGGAUAAAUGGGAAGUUUUCUUCAGUGACGAAAGAAUUGUUCCUUUAGAUCAUCCAGAUUCAAAUUUUGGUUUAUUCAAUGAAAUGGUUUUGAAAUCUUUACCAGAAGGUACUACCAAACCAAAAGUUAAUACCAUUAACGAGAGCUUAUUAACUGGUCAAGAUGGUCAAGCCUCCGGUGCAGACCAAGCAAAAGAUAUCGAAAUUGCUAAAGAUUACCAAUCAAAAUUACCAAAAGAUCAUAAACUUGAUUUAAUCUUAUUAGGAUGCGGUCCAGACGGUCACACUUGCUCUUUAUUUCCAGGCCACCAACUCUUGAACGAAAGAAAUGAAUUGAUCUCCUAUAUCAGCGACUCCCCAAAACCCCCACCAAGAAGAAUCACCUUCACUUUCCCAGUUUUGGAAAAUGCUGUUUCCAUUGCCUUUGUUGCUGAAGGUGAAGGUAAAGCCCCAAUUUUAAAAGAGAUCUUCAAUGACCCUUCCAGUAAAUUACCUUCUAAACUAGUUACUGAUAUCAAGACUGGGGUUGACGUCAAUUGGUUUGUCAAUGAUGCUGCAAUCAAUGGCGUGGAUGUAAUCGCAUCGAAAUAUUAAUCCCAACGACAGCUGAUCAAUAACAAUAUAGCUUAUUCAAUACACAUAUAGCUUAACAUACCUGUAGACCCAUCCCUGAUUGCAAUUCGAGUUUCUACUUAGUUUGCAGUCGAAGCUUCAAUAGAAUCGGUACAGGUUUUU